AUGGCAAGGAUUAUCACAACACACACCGAUUGUGUGGCUCAGGGCAAACAAAGUGUGAGGAUCUCUGAACGAUUGCUAUCACAUGCGCACUAUAGCACGGUACCGGUGAGGAUGGACGUGGAAGCAACAGUCCGCAAACUUGUCUCGCGACCAACCAAGAUAAUGUCGGCAUAUGAAUGGCACGGCCCGAUGUCUCACAUGGCGGUGAAGGUACACCCUAGUAACGCUGCAUGCAUUAAACGGUCAGCCCUACGACCACCGAAACCAUGGCCUCGGAAAAGUGUGAGAGGCUACAAGACCCCACGUCUACUGCUCGCUCCUCCGAAUUGUUUGACCGGCAAUGCUUCGACACCUUACAUCUGUAUUGGCGCCGUCAUGAUCGGUACUAGGUUCAACCCGCAGCUGUUAUUCCAUCGGUGA